CUCCACUUUUUGCAACAGACCUCUCUCUCUUGUGCUCGUCUUCCUUGUUGUUCUUAUUUCUCCCAUAUAUCCUCGACAAUGUCAGCGAGAGAAGAAGGGAUGAUGGAUGCUCCUUCCAAAGUGCCAGCAACACCCACGACAUCAGAACUGAGCGAUGAUUUAAAGAAAAACAUCGAAACACUGACGCCACCAGAUGGUGGCAGGGGGUGGCUGAUCGUCCUAGGUUCUUUUUUGGGCCUGUUUUCUAUGUAAAUAUCUGCUUUCAUGGCGAGGGUAAAGGUACAGGAAUGUCAGUAAUAUAAUUCUUUAUCUCUUUCUUUUUCAUUUCUAUGACCAAACACAACAGCUUCGGUUACAACUACAGUUGGGGCGUCUUCCUUCGAGUCUAUAAGGAUGUCUACCCAGAUGACCUGUCCAAACUCUCAUGGAUUGGAUCAAUAUGUGUUGCAUUGUUUUUUAUUCUUGGACCAAUCAAUCAACUUGUCAUUCGCCAUAUGGGAUACAAGUACAUGCUUGCAACGGGCACCGUAUUAUGUACAGCUGCACUUAUUCUUGCCAGCUUUGCCAAAGAGCUUUGGCAUCUGUUUCUUACUCAAGGUCUAUUGUUUGGCUUUGGUGCAUCAUUCGUAUGGUUUCCUUGCAUUGGAGCCCCGCAACAAUGGUUUUCGGAGCACCGAGGUCUUGCCGUCGGUCUCGCCAUGUCAGGGUCUGGUAUCGGUGGUCUGGUCAUUAACAACAUCUGUCAGGCUGCUAUUGAUAAUAUUGGCCAUCGCUGGGCCUUACGGAUCGUUGGUAUCAUAUGCUUUGUACUCCUUUGUAUUGCUACUGUUCUAGUCAGACCUUUUGGUACCAUUCAGCAAACAGGUGGCAGAGCCAAGGGUCUUAUUAGCUGGUACCUUUUCAAGAAUCCACAGUUUUGCAUCAUGUUCGCACACGGACUUAUCACCACCUUUGGCUACAUGACUCCAUUUUUCUUGCUUCCAACACAUGCCGAACAUUUGAAACUGGAUCCCUGGGUGGGCACCAACUUGUCUGCCAUCAUGUCUGCCGUCAAUGCCGGUGCACGUAUCUGCACUGGCUAUAUGGGCGACAAGCUCGGUCGGUUCAAUAGCUUAUUCGUGUGCACAUUCCUUGCCGGCGUUGUCUGCUUAGCCAUCUGGAUCAAUGCAACAAACGAAGCAACAAUUUGGGUAUUCUCAAUUCUGUACGGUUUUUUUGGUGGUGGUUACAUUGCCCUAUUCCCUACUGUCCAACCACAAGUCGUGGGACUAGAAAAUAUUGCGCCUGCUGUCGGCUUGUUGUAUUUUACCAAUCUGUUCGGUUACAUGUUUGGCACGCCUAUUGCAUCGGCUAUCAUAAACAGAUUCGAUCCUCCUGAUUUCCGGUACGCUGCAGUCUGGGCUGGUGUCACUGUCAUUGUGGGUGCCUUGUUUGCCGGCUGGCUUCGCGUUACUCAGGCUGGUUUCAAGUUAGUGCGUAUCUAAUCUUACAACUAUCGACUAUCCUCCUCCAAUGUUCUCCAUUUCAUUAUCCUCCUCCAUUGUUCUCCAUUUUUGUAAACGAAAAAGCUCCUCCUUGUAUUAUUUUACCUCUUCUCUCCCUAAUUUUUGCAUCUUUUAUAUACGAUUCAUUCCUCCUCCCUUUAAUAUACUCUGUAUUGCUC